AAAGUUUAAAUAAAUGUGCACUAGGCAAAAGUCGAAAAACAAGAUAACAGCGUCCAUUUUGAUAAAUUCAGAAAUUAUACUUCAUUUAAGUAUUAUAAAUUAAAGCUGAAAGUUCUCUUGUAUAAAUCAGUAACAGAAAAAAUGGAAUCAACAAUUAAAACCAAGAAGUGUUCCGUGAAACUCAAUCGUAUGUCAUUUGUUGGUAUUACUCCACAAGAAGUACAGGAACAAAUUUUAGAUCAGCGAAUACGCCGCUGUGCGGUGCGUAUUCAACGCUGCUCUGACACUACGAACUUUAGUAAAAUAUCCGCAGAUGGUUCCACCAAUAAAGAUAACAAAAUGCGACGUUGCUGCAUACGUUUGCCAAGGAUUAAUUUAGUUCGCAGUGAUAUAUCGUCUCGGUCUGGCUCCGUAACCAGUGCCAGAAUUCUUUCUGAGUCAGAGCUGGAUGAUCCGGAAAUUGCUAACCAUUAAAGCUUCAGACAUACCAAAUACAUUCACAAACGUAUAUUGACAUUUAUUAUUGUUUCAAUUCACUUAACAUAUUAACAAUGUAACUCAUUUUUAUAUGAUGAUUUAAUAUGGAAAUAUAAUAUUAAAAAUAGGCAUACAAAUUGUAAAAUAAUGACGUA